CUACAAAAAACGAAAAAAAUUAACACGUGGCAAAGAGAGAGGUUCAAGUCUGCUUUGAAAAGUUGAAGAGGUUUGAAAUUCCCGCCAACUUUCGAAGCGCGUUGGCGCACAACGAUCAGCUGAAUCGGCGACGCAAUAAAACAAGGAGGCGCGGGGGGGGGGGAGAGGGUGAAGAGGAGGUCCCUUAUCGUUCGAGCAACCGUCAGAGCACCGGUCAGUCUUGGUCUGGACGGUAUCUUGGUUCAGUUUCUGUUUAUCCUCCUGGACCGAGAAGCGAGACGCGGGCCAAGAUUGGAUGAUCCGUUGACGUGAAGGCGUUUCGGACGCAUCCGGAUACAAGGCUAGCCAGCUGAGCCAUUCUUGUUUUGUGUGAUUCGUCUCAUCAGCUAUACUACAUCCCUAGCUGUCAGGUGUCCUAGUCGGAUCGUCGGUGUAGUUAGCUGUUGUGAUGUCACACACCGCAGGAAUGGACACGGGGUUGCCUGUACCGGAUGCAAUCCCGUCCCUCGAACUGCAAGAACUGCAAGAGGACCUAGUCUUGAACCUCGUCCAGGAGAUUAAAUUUCAGCCGAAUCUCGAUGAUUUGCCUCCCACAAGGGAGGGAGUGCAGAACGAGUACAUAAGUAUCGCUGCACGGGAUAAAUCUGCUUACAUAUUAAGAUGCCUGAAAGUAAUGUACGACUUGUCAUCGGAUGUAUUCUUCAUGGCGAUCAAUUUGAUGGACUGUUUCUUGACGAGAAUGAACGCGAAGCAAAAGUACAUGGCUUGCAUCAGCGUAUCCGCCUUUUACACGGCCGCUGUUCAACAGAUGCAACCCCUCGACGCCGACCACCUGGUCUCCAUCUCACAGUGUAGAUGUACCGCCGACGAUCUCAGGCGUAUGUCGCAGCUGAUACAGGACAAGUUGGAACGGGCGCCCGGUACUCGACCCAUCACUGCACUCACCUUUCUACGACUCUUCAACAACAUGUUCUACGCUGUGGCGAGACAAUUGCAUCUCGGUGACGUGUAUGCCAGUAUCACCAACGAAUCUGAAUUAAUUCUCAGAUUGGAAAUGGUGGCUUGCGAUGGUAAUUGCGCGAGUCUCAAACCGUCCGAGGUGGCAUUGAUGUUACUUUGCAGUUACUUGGAUGCCUCUGUUAAUCGGCUGAUGACCGCGAAUACGGAAGCUACUGUCAGUAAUUUAUCGCACAACGUACCUAUUCCGCCGCCAUAUCAGAGGCUAAAAGAUGAAUUAACGCAGUUUGCUGCCAAACUCCGAGAGAAAUGCAACAUUUCAGAAGAGAGUUUCUGCUCUACUCACGGGGCAGUGAGCGCCAUAUUGAGUAAAUAUAACGCUCAGGAGCAAGCAAACAAAACUCACAAGCAGAAAUUAAUUUGGAAAUUGUCGCCACGAACCGCAGGUGUUUUACGUCCAUCUCAAAACUUUUAUUCCGACCUACCCGUUAUCGCGGAACAUGUCCCAUCAGUUCCAUCUCCGAACAAGAUCAGCAGGAAAAAUCGCAAAUAUCGUCGUCGUGGAAAUAAGAGAUGUUAAAAUAGCCAGUUUACGAUUUCUACCAGGAGCAGUAGAAGUUCCCAAUGUCUGGCAACAUGAAAGAUUUGUUUUCUUCAAUACAAUCAAAGUUUGACCGGAAGUACAAAUCGAUUUACACAUCACAACAUGUAAUAAUUUUCCUUAAAUAUUUUAUUUGCAUCGCCCGCUGAAAUUAUACGUACUGGUGGAACGUAAGUCAUUUUUGCUAAAUAAUAGUUGUUUCGCCAGUAAGUUAUUAUUACCGCGUCGUAUAUUAAUUUCUGCUAUUUCAUCACAUCACACAUACAUGUUUUGAAAUAUUUGUGUAAAUAUUUUAAUAUUUUACAAAAAAAAGAGAGAGAAAACAAGAUUUAAGCCCCAUUCCAGUGAUAAAAUCUUUUUAUAUAAGGGGCUUUCAUAUAAAAAUGUGAAGGGGGAAGAAGCGGACAGAUAUAAACUGUAAAGAGCAGCAGCAUCAACAGACGAAUCAU